GACGUCACGCCGCUGACAUCACACUUGUACGUCCCGUCAGCGUGUGUUACAAGGAGGUGUUUUAUUUUAUUUCUGUUGUACCUGUUAAUAAAAAAAAAAUGGCGAGCUGGUGCGUACGAGCUGUGAGACAGAGCUACUCCCUUGUGGCUUCACCUGCGCUAAUAAGGGCGUCUCCGCGGUUGCUGUGCACGGCCACCCAGCAGAAAAAUGGCCACCGGGGCUCGGAGGAGGAGGCCGAGAAGCCGGAGCAGAGCGCGGCGGAGAAAGUCCUGGUGGAGGAGAAGACCCAGCUGGAGGAGCAGCUCAACAACAUGACGGAAAAGUACAAGAGGGCCUUAGCAGACACAGAGAACCUCAGGACGAGGAGUCAAAAGAUGAUCGAGGACGCCAAACUAUACGGGAUCCAGGGUUUCUGCAAGGACCUCCUGGAGGUGGCCGACAUCCUGGAGAAGGCCACGGAGAGCGUGCCCAAGGAGGAGGUGACGAGCCAGAACCCCCACCUGAAGAACCUGUACGACGGCCUGGUGAUGACCGAGGUCCAGAUCCAGAAGGUGUUCACCAAGCACGGCCUGGUCAAGCUCAACCCCGACGGCCAGAAGUUCGACCCGUACGAGCACGAGGCCCUCUUCCACGCCCCCGUGGAGGGCAAGGAGCCCGGCACGGUCGCCAUAGUAACCAAGGUGGGCUACAAGCUCCACGGUCGCACCCUGCGGCCGGCGUUGGUGGGCGUGGCCAAGGGCCCGUAGAACUGACGGCGUGAUUGGGAUCAGUGUGGCGUCCUGGACCACACCACCCACCCAACCACCCACCUCGAGGUGCCUCAAAGAGACAGGAACCCAUCUGAACUUUGUAUCUGGAAAAUACUACAUUCAAAACGGAUACGCUCUGUUUGGCACGAGACGAGUCUUUUCAUUAAUAAAGUUUGUCUUCGGUCACGCGAGUCAGUUUGUCGGAUUUAAGCGAAACCACCGGUUCAUAUACUUUCAUGGAGUCGGUGAAGGAGAUUUGUCAUGACGUGUAAAGUACAUGCAGAGAGUGAGUAGUGCAUCAUUCCAGACUUUUGUUUAAAGCCCUUAUUAUAAUAAUAAUAGUAAUAAUAAUAAUAAAAAUAUAUAAUAAUCUUGAA